UCUUAAAGGUACCUUAAAAACCAAACUGCUUCUGCAGGAGUGCCAUUUUACUUGGUCUCUAAGAGAAGAAGAAGACUUUGUUCUCUAUGAUUUACUGAAUCGUCUUGAGGAACAGAUUCAGUUGGAAUCUGACGAGGCAAGAAUAACACGAGCUUACAGCAGCAUUGGAUUUGUUCUGUAUCUCUAUGGCUACCAGCAGGAAGCACUCGUAAGUCUGCAGAAAUCAGUGCAGCUUGCAAAAGAACACUACAAAGACAGUGAUGAAGUUCUUAUUGUUACCUAUGGAGACCUUGCCUGGUUGCAUUAUCAUAUGAAUGAAUUCUCUAUAUGUGAAGAUUACUUGAGAGAGUUAGAGAAGAUCCGCAGAAAAUGUUCUGAAGGAUUCACUUAUACUGUUGAGGUGCUCAGAGAAAAGGGUUGGACUUUUCUUAAAUUCUCUUACAAAUACUACAAUGCUGCAAAGGAAUGCUUUAGACAGGCCCUUGAAAUGAACCCAGAUGACAGUGAUUUAAAUGCAGGCUAUGCUAUUGCAAUGUACCGCACAACAAAAGACACCUCUGACUCUUCAAACUCGCAAACAAUAAAACAGCUUGAAAUAGCUGUAGAGCUUAAUCCAGAUGAUGCUGUUCUGUUAGUGUUUCUAGCCUUGAGAAUGCAGCAUUACAAAGAUGAUAGGAAGAAACCCGAAACUGCACUGAAGAAGGUGAUUAUGGCACUGAUGAUGUCCCCUGAAAACCCACACGUCAUAAGAUACGCAGCAAAAUUUUGCCGCCAAUUAGGAAACAUGGACGCUGCCAUUACUCUACUGGAAGGAGCCCUGCAGUCUACCCCAAACUCAGCCUUUAUACACCAUCAACUGGCUCUGUGUUACAAAAGCACAAAAAUAUUCCUGGAAAAAAAAUAUAGGACACAAGGUAAAGCAGGGUUUGAUUUUGAAGAAUCUAAUGAAAAACAGCAAUACCUGGAUCAGUGCAUCGAGCAUCUGGAAAAGGCAGUUUCCCUAAAGCCUUCUUUCGUUAUUGCCGCGGCAGAUUUAGCACUGCACUACGGACAACGUGGUAGUUUUGAGGAAGCUGAGAUAUUUUUUGAGAAAGCAUUUAAAAUGGCGAAUAAUGAAAAGCAGUACUUGCCGAACGUUCAUUGUUUAUAUGGCAAAUACCAGCUCUAUACCAGAAGAUCUGAAGAACUGGCCAUCCAUCAUUUCAUGCAAGGCCUGAGGCU